AUGUCAAACUGUGAUAAAAAUCCCGAGGAGGAUCUUAGACAGAUCUUGAAGGUGAACAGGACCGAGAUUUCAAUGGCCAUUGAUGAUCUCUUCCCAUUUCUACAUGGACUGGUGGAUCAUGAUGUCAUCACAGAGCAAAUAUUCAAGGAAACAUUACAGCUAAAGGAACAGAAGGGUAGCAACAAGGCUGUGUACACUGUCCUCACAUGGAUCCUGGAGAAGAACAAUGGAUCCAUUAGUGAAUUCUGGAAGAAUCUUUUCAAAGACUAUAAUCUGGAGCGGUACCCCAAACUCCAGCCUGUUUACCACAGCUUUCCAAAAGACUUAGAUCUAAACAAACUGAGACGAGGAAGGAAAACCCCCAGAAUGUCUCCCAAUCAGAUAACAAUGAGGCCUCCGCUAAAACGGAAAUCUCCCGAGGAGUCACCGGCCAAUGCAGCUGGCAUGAAUACAAAAUAUGGCAAUAACAAGGAGACACCAGGAACGCAACCAGUUCAAAAAGACAACAAUCAUGCAACCAAUGAGCUUUCUGCCUCGAGUGCUAACCUCAAAGGGAUUCUCAUCAAGCAAGUCUUAGAAUCAGGAAUUUCCAAAAAGGGAAUUAAGGGUGCCGGAGAAACACAUGUUCUCAGUAAGUCUGAGGAUCCAGGAGGGAAGAUUCGGAGUAAGGCCUGGAAGUUGGCCACUCGCUGCAAAGGUUUACCCCUGGCACAGAAGAACGAUGAUGAGUGUGCAGUGUGCAGAGAUGGAGGUGAACUGAUCUGCUGUGAUGGCUGUCCAAGGGCUUUUCAUUUAGGCUGCCUUGUACCUCCCCUCACAGAAAUACCCAAUGGUACCUGGAGGUGUUUAUCCUGCACUAACAAAGCUGGUGACAGCCGAGCUCCAUUAUCCUCAGCAUCUGAGAAGAACCAGCAAUCACAGAGCACAGCAGGAGUCCAAGUAGUCUUGUAUCAACAGAAAUUGGUGGGAGAGUUGGAGCAGCUGCUGAGAUCAUCACCAUUUACCAACAGAGAACAUCCUCCUAGCAUUGGACUACAAUCCACAGCAGUAACCACAGCACCAUCUUCAACAUCCUCUUCAGCUUCCUCUUCAGCCAAUCUUACUGCCAGUCAGAAACAACGGGUGCUGCUGCAGACCCACGAAAAUCAACCCCUGAACCCCAGCUGUGGCGUGUGCAAAGUGGGUGGAGACCUGAAACGCUGCACCCAAUGCCAAGGAGCCUUCCACUCCCACUGCCAUUUCCCUGCCAGCCCUGAGAAUAUGAGGACAGGGAGAUGUAUCUCCUGUACAAACACACCUGUGCUGAACACACCUACUGAGUUUGAACCACCACUGAAAGCCCCAACCACACAAACAGCUGUUGAACAUGAAGUAGAAGCAGAUUCAUUUAUUAAUGAGCAGCUCUUCAACAAGGAAGAGUUUGACUCAAUUCUCCGAGAGCGUGACCGAGAUCAACUCCCACCUGGAUCAGGUCUCCUCGAUGAAGGCAUUGAUCUUCUCCCUGAGUUUGGCGAUCUCGGAGAUCAGGCUCGCCACCGAAGGUAG